AUGUCGCCCAUCUCCACGCCGCGCGGGCGCGGCGAGGAGGGACCCAACGCACGCAUGCGGGACGUCACCAAGCGACGGAGCCUCAACAUGGAGCUCACCAGCAGCGGCGCAGUGAUCGCAGCCAAGGCCAAGGAGCGAUCCAAGGCCGCGCACGUCCGGUACACGGGACCCUCGCUGUCAUCGUCGUCGUCGGGCGGCAACAACCCGCUGCUGACGUCAUCAUCGUCGUUCAGAAGCGAGGACGAGGACACGGCGACCGAGGGCAUGUACAGCGAGGACGAGAGCCGAGAGGGCACGGAGGGCGAGGAGAUCAUCGGCAAGUACCGGGAGGAGGUCUCCCAGCUGCGCGAGGAGCUACGAACGGUGCGAGAGGAGCUCCAGCGCGCGAGGGAGGAGAGGGAGCGGAAGGGAACCGAGGUCCGUGGCUACCCAUCCUCCUCUUCUUCCUCCUCCACUUCUACCGCCACCUCCACCUCCUAUCUGGUCUAUCACCACCACUACCUCAACAACGCGAAGAGCGAGAGCGAGAGCGAAGAGGCCACCCCCGAAUUUCGGUCCCGCUUCGAGUACUCGGACCGUCUCCUGCGCGGCGUGGGGGGCGACAGCGACAGCGAGGAGGACGAGGCGAGAGCGAAAGCGAAGGCGAAGAGGCGGCGAAGCAAGAAGGAGAAGGAGCUGAGAAAGAGGAGAAGGAUGAAGACGAAGAAGGCGACGGUUUGCGAGCAAGAGGACGAAGCCGGGGAGGGUCUCGUGCCCGAUGAACCUGCAAGGCUCCGAGAGGUGGAGGCGGAGGAGAUAGUGGGAAGGGUGGCCGCGGCCUUGGGUCCUUCGCUCUCGCAAUCGCUCUCGCACGCGGCCUUCGCGCUGCUCUCCAAAUUCAAGCGGACCAUCUGA